AAGUACUCUUCUGCCAUGUCCCCUUAGAAACUUCUCUGAACAAAACAACUCAAUUUCAAAAUAACACAUGCCCACAAAGAAAAAGCAGUCUUUAUUACUCUCCUAUGUUUUGCAGUCAUGCUUUCUUCUUUCAUAUGCCCAUUAUAUUCAUUCUUCCCUCCCAAGCUUUUGAUUCUUCCACCACUUUACCAAACAAAAACCCUAGAUUUUCUCUUUCCAAUCAAUUAAUUCUCUGAGUUUUCACCCUAAAGGCAAAAGAUACUUACGAUUUCCCCUUUAUAUUUUUCUUUUCAGUCACAUCCCCAUCUCAAUUCUCUGAUUUGUUGAUUUUUUUAACUGCUUCUAUCGUUUUCCCUUUGCAUAAACCCCAAUUUCUUAACGAGGGUAUCUUAAACAUUACUACCUUUUACUCUCUGAUCACGGAUGGGUAUGGCCUAGUUCUACUCAUUUGCAGUUACAGCAACAAUGUCAGAUGACAUGCUUAUUCAUUUCUCUUCCAACUCUUCAAACCAAUCGGAUCAGUCUCUUCCUACAAAGAUUGCAAAGUUGGAAGCUCGAAUGGUGGGCAAGGGUUCCUCCACCACUGCUCAGCAAUCAGCUUGGUCCUCAGUACCAUCUUCAGCUGGGAAAUUUGGUGGAGCUGCUGAAGAUUUGGCUGAGCCACCCUCUUCCAGUGAUUCUGAUGACGAUAAUGGUGGGGAAUUCUUAAUACAAGCCAACACACAGAAGCGCCUAAAACUUCAAGCAGAUGAAAGCACUAAUGUUUUUGAACAUGUUGAGGUUGUUACUGAUGGAAGACAAAGUAGUUUGGAGGCUGUGGAGACAAAAAUUAAUGUUGAUGUGAAUAGAAAGAAACAUGGUCGAGGAAGAGGGAGUUCUGGUUCAGGUAGGGGCCGUGGUUCCAGAGUUAAUGAUCAGACCAGAACACAAAUUUCUCCUCCUGUUUUGGCUUCAAAUGGUCAGAUUGAGAAUGUAAACCAUAAAGAUGGCAGGCCUAGUGAUCAGUUUCAUAAUGAUAAUUGUGCUUCAUUAGAGGAUGAGGUUGCUUCUUUACAUGCAAAAGUUGUUGCAUUGGAGGAGGAAUUGCGUAAAUCGAAGCAAGAGACCUCUGAUUAUCAGAAUCUUUAUCGACAGUUAGAAAAGGAACUGAAGGAGAUGACUGAUCAUGAACAGCAAAUGAAGCCUAAGAGAACGAAAAUCAUAUCUGAUUUGCUGAUAUCAGUUUCAAAGGCCGAGAGACAAGAAGCAAGGCUGAAAGUACGACAAGAUUCAUUGAGACUUGGAAAUGUUGGUGUAAUCAGAGCUGGAACUGUCAUAUCUGAGACCUGGGAAGAUGGUCAAGCUUUAAAGGAUCUGAAUGCCCAGCUUAAACAACUGCUAGAAACAAAGGAGGCAAUCGAACGACAGCGCAAAUUGUUUAAGAAAAAACAAUCUGAUAAGGGUGAUGGAGCAGAUGCAGAGGCUGGGUUACCAGAAGAUAUUCUGAUUCACGAUGAAAUCUACAAAUCUCGACUAGCUUGUCUUAAACGGGAAGAAGAAAUUAUUUUGCGGGAGAGGGAUCGAUAUGAACUAGAGAAGGGGAGGUUAAUUCGUGAAAUGAAACGCAUUCGUGACGAAGAUGGUUCACGGUUUAACAACUUUCAGAUUCUUAAUCAUCGUUAUGCCCUUCUAAACCUUCUUGGAAAGGGAGGGUUCAGUGAGGUGUACAAGCAGGCUUUCGACUUGGUGGAGCAUAGAUAUGUUGCAUGCAAGCUUCAUGGUUUACAUGCUCAAUGGAGUGAAGAGAAGAAGCAAAGUUACAUACGACAUGCAAUUCGGGAGUAUAAUAUUCACAAGACGCUUGUACAUCGUCACAUUGUUCGUUUAUGGGACAUCUUUGAGAUUGAUCAAAACACAUUCUGCACAGUUCUAGAGUAUUGUAGCGGGAAGGAUCUUGAUGUUGUCCUUAAAGCAACACCUAUUUUGCCGGAGAGGGAGGCUAAGGUCAUCAUAGUUCAGAUUUUUCAAGGCCUUAUUUACAUGAAUAAAAGAACACAGAAGAUUAUUCAUUAUGAUUUAAAGCCUGGAAACGUUCUGUUUGAUGAGCUUGGUGUUGCCAAAGUGACUGAUUUUGGUCUUAGCAAGAUAGUGGAGGAUGAUGUGGGAUCCCAGGGUAUGGAACUGACAUCACAGGGAGCUGGAACAUAUUGGUAUUUGCCUCCUGAAUGCUUUGAGCUCAGCAAGACACCUCUUAUAUCAUCAAAGGUUGAUGUCUGGUCUGCUGGUAUUUUAUUCUAUCAAAUGCUCUUUGGCAGACGUCCUUUCGGGCAUGACCAAACACAAGAAAGAAUACUUCGGGAAGACACAAUUAUUAAGGCACGCAAGGUUGAAUUUCCUUCUAGACCUACUGUUUCUAAUGAGGCAAAGGAUUUUAUUCGACGGUGUCUAACUUAUAACCAGGCUGAGAGACCAGAUGUAUUAACCAUUGCUCAUGACCCAUAUCUCACUUUCUCAAAAAAAUAAUGGCGACAUGUUCAUUGCAUGGCUUGUUAUCAAGGCUCCACAGAGAAAGAAUGGAGGAUCUCAUAUUCUUCUAACUUCAGUGACUGAUUGCGUCAGAUUUUGUAUAGAUUGUAAAGAUUUUGUAAUGUUGUCAAUGAGGAGGAUGUUUCCCCCACUCUGAAAGAAAGUCCAGUUGUCUUCAUGCAUCAUCUUUUGGUUCAAAAUAUUUGUUGAAAAAAAAAGAGGGGGGGGGGGGGGGGGCAAAAGGCAAGUGGGUUUGACUUGACCUUUAAAGGGGUCAAAAUGUAUAGGUCCUCACAAGUGAGAAAGCUUUCAUAAUUUUUUAGUACUCUUCCUCCCAAAUUAUAGGAUUUUAAUGCAUUCUGAUUGGCUACUUUAUCUUCUAUUCCCACCAAGCUAUUAAUUUGUGAAGGAGAGCAGUUUUAAGGAUAUUUGAAGAGCAUUUUUAUUUUACAUUCGGCUUUCCGAGUUGGUACAUGGGAUGUGUGUCUGUGUAACUCAAACAAAAACAAAAGAAAUGAAUUUGUGUGGGGUUCCAUGAAGAAACAGGUAGCUCUUUUUGACAUGGAACAUUGUGAUUGAGACAUAUUUCAGUACAACAAGCGAGAAGAUUUAUCCAUGUAUGAAUGACAAUAUAUGUUUCAUAU